GGUCUUAUUUUCAGCAGACUUGAAGCACAGAAAGAAUCAUUUAAGAGCACCGAACAGCUUAAACAUAAUAUUCUGAAGGUCAGAACGGUUAGAGCAGUUGUAAAAAUGGUUAAAUUAUUGCAGAGGUUGAUAUUGCAGCAUCAGAAACUUUCACCGUAUAAGGCCCUUGCACAGCGAUAUGCCAGUCAUGGGGGUUGUGCCAAAACUGUAUCCACCCCAGCCAAUGUGCCAGGACUAAGUUCAGCCGUUUACAAAGUCCCUCCUGGAGAUGUGGGCCCUGGUGCAUCCAAAGAUGGUAAAUACAAGAAUCCUGAAUAUUUUUGCUACAACCAAAUGUCUUACUUUGAAGCUGAAGUUGAAAUGUUAAAAUACAGAUUACCUCAACCAUCAAACAAGCCUAAAAAAAAGUAAUUUAAAUAAAAUGAGUUAGUUCCUGAUGAUAUGUUUGUUCAUCUUGUACUUGAAGAAUUAAAAUGAUAGCAAGGCUGCAAUAAAUAUAUACACCCUGUACAAAAGAUUA